AUGAGCUCCCUCAAGUUCGUCGUGUCCUCGCUGGACACCAUUGCUGCGCAUGCCGGCAGGAACAAGCAGCUCGCCGAGUUGGCCGAGAAGGCGCUCACCGUCAUCAAAGAAAACGACCAACAGCUGCCCGACCCCGAAAUCGUCUUCGCCCCGCUGCAACUCGCUACGAAAUCAGGCACCAUCCCCCUCGCGACGACCGCCCUCGACUGCAUCGGAAAGCUCAUCUCGUACUCGUACUUUUCCGCGCCGUCCUCCCCAGCCCCGAGCCAGGAUGGGUCCGCCGACCAAGCCCCCCUCAUUGAACGGGCCAUCGACACCAUCUGUGACUGCUUCCAGGGAGAGACAACGCUGGUCGAGAUCCAGCUCCAAAUCGUCAAGUCGCUGCUCGCCGCAGUGCUGAACGACAAGAUCAUAGUACACGGCGCGGGCCUGUUGAAGGCGGUGCGACAAGUGUACAAUAUUUUCCUGCUCUCCCGCAGCACGGCGAAUCAACAAGUGGCACAAGGGACGCUGACGCAGAUGGUCGGCACCGUCUUCGAGAGGGUCAAGACACGACUGCAUAUGAAGGAGGCCCGGGCAAAUCUGGACAAGCUAAAACCGAGCCGGAGCAACCUGUCUGUCGACCAGCACGACGACCAGGAUUCCCAGGCAGGCAAGGCGGAGAGCGACGAGAGCAACGAAGCCGAGGCAGAAGCAACCCCAUCCGAACCGGCUGCCGACGCCGGCGUCAAGCUUACGCUGAAGGACUUGGAGCACCGAAAGAGCUUCGACGAUUCUCACAUGGGUGAUGGCCCAACCAUGGUGAGUCGGGUAAAGCCAAUGAAGAAGGCAGCGAGGUCCGUGUCGGAGCAGAGCCUCGGGGAGGGCGCGCAGGAGGAAACCCCCGAGUCACUGGAUGCCGAGGAUGAGGCCUAUAUCCGGGAUGCCUAUCUCGUUUUCCGCUCAUUUUGCAACCUCUCAACAAAAGUUCUGCCGCCAGACCAGCUUUACGACCUUCGAGGCCAAGCCAUGCGCUCAAAGCUGAUCUCACUACACCUUGUCCACACGCUACUCAACAACCACAUCACCGUCUUCACGUCGCCGUUAUGUACGAUUACGAACACCAAGAACAAUGAGCCCACAAACUUUCUUCAAGCUAUCAAGUACUAUCUUUGUUUGAGCAUCACUCGAAACGGCGCUAGUUCGGUAGACAGGGUAUUUGACAUUUGCUGCGAGAUAUUCUGGCUCAUGCUCAAGUACAUGAGGGCGUCUUUCAAGAAAGAAAUCGAGGUCUUUCUGAACGAGAUCUACCUCGCGCUCCUCGCUCGGAGGAAUGCCCCCUUGUCGCAAAAGCUCACGUUUGUGGGGAUCCUCAAAAGGCUAUGCGAGGACCCGCGCGCCCUGGUGGAAACAUACCUCAACUACGAUUGCGACCAGAACGUUGACAACAUUUUCCAGAAGAUUGUAGAGGAUUUGUCCAGAUUCGCAACCGCUUCCAUACCGGUAACACCUGCCCAAGAACAGCAGUACGAGGAUGGCCACUGCAAGUUUGCGAUGGGGGGCGAGUGGCAGAUCAAAAGCGUGCUGCCGCCGCCGUUGUCGGUUGCUCUGAUUGCGACACACCACGAGGCGGAUGGCGAGAUACCCAAGGAGUAUGUCAUGAAGCGCGUGGCGAUCGACUCGCUUGUGGAGACACUGAGGUCGCUUGUGCACUGGUCGCAGCCUGGGCGGCCCGAGGUCAACGGCACGGGAGGGGAGGUUGAGCGGAGAGCCUCCAGCGACGAUUUGCGAGACUCUAUCGACCCCACGGCGAGCGAGACCGCGUCGCGGAUGGAGACGCCUCUACCCCCGUCCACCCCGGUCAUUGAUGACGACCCGGACCAGCUGGAGAGGGAAAAGGCGAGGAAGACGGCUCUCACCAAUGCGAUCAAGGUCUUUAACUUCAAGCCAAAGCACGGCAUCAAGCUUCUUGUCAAGGAAGGCUUCAUCCCCAGCGACAAGCCGCAGGAUAUUGCCCGCUUUCUUCUGCGCGAGGAGCGGCUGGACAAGGCUCAGAUAGGCGAAUUCCUUGGAGAGGGCGACCAGAGGAAUAUCGACAUUAUGCACGCCUUCGUGGAUUUGAUGGAUUUCAGCAAGAAGCGCUUCGUGGAUGCCCUGCGCGAAUUCCUCCAGGCGUUCCGCCUGCCGGGCGAGGCGCAAAAGAUUGACCGCUUCAUGCUCAAGUUUGCCAACCGCUACGUGACCCUGAACCCCAACGCCUUCGCCAACGCCGACACCCCAUAUGUACUCGCCUAUUCCGUCAUCAUGCUCAACACGGAUCUGCACAGCAGCAAGAUCGCGAAGCGGAUGACCAAGGCAGACUUCAUCAAGAACAACCGGGGCAUCAAUGACAAUGCCGAUCUUCCGGAUGAGUAUCUGAUUGGCAUCUACGACGACAUCGCCAACAACGAAAUCGUGCUCAAGAGUGAACGGGAAGCUGCCGCAGCCGCCGGGACGCUCCCUGCGCAGCCGACGGGCCUUGCUGCAGGGCUCGGGCAGGCCUUCUCCAACGUCGGGCGUGAUUUGCAACGGGAAGCCUAUGUCCAGCAGUCCGAGGAGAUCUCUUUGCGGUCAGAACAGCUUUUCCGGGAUUUGUAUCGAAGCCAGCGGAGGAAUGCCACCAAGGCGGGCACCAAGUUCAUCCCGGCAACAUCGUUCAAGCACGUGGGGCCAAUGUUUGACGUGACGUGGAUGUCAUUCUUUUCGGCCCUGUCGAGUUUGACCCAGAAGACACAUAACUUGGAAGUCAACAAGCUGUGCUUGGAGGGCAUGAAGCUGGCCACCAAGAUCGCCUGUGUCUUCGAUCUCGCCACUCCACGAGAGGCAUUUAUUUCGGCCUUGAAGAACACCGCCAACCUCAACAACCCCCGGGAGAUGCAAGCCAAGAAUGUCGAGGCGCUAAAGGUGAUCCUGGAUCUUGCCCAGACGGAGGGCAACCACUUGAAGCAGUCGUGGAAGGAUGUGCUACUUUGCAUCAGCCAGCUGGACCGACUGCAACUGAUCUCCGGCGGCGUGGAUGAGAGCGCCGUGCCCGACGUCUCCAAGGCCCGGUUUGUGCCCGCGCCGCAGCGAACAGACACGACCGAUUCCCGCAAAUCCACAUCUUCAGCCCGAAAGAGCCGGCCGCGGGCAGCCACCGGGCCGCAGGGCGUGUCGCUGGAAAUCGCACUCGAGAGCAGAUCGGACGAGGUGAUCAAGAGCGUCGACAGGAUAUUCACAAACACGGCCAACCUGUCGAGAGACGCAAUCAUUCACUUCGCCCGGGCGCUGACAGAAGUCAGCUGGGACGAGAUCAAAGUCUCGGGUUCGAACGAUUCACCCCGCACGUACAGUCUCCAGAAGAUUGUCGAGAUCAGCUACUACAACAUGACGCGUGUUCGGUUCGAGUGGAGCCACAUCUGGGACGUGCUCGGAGAGCACUUCAACAGGGUCGGCUGUCACGCCAACACGGCCAUCGUCUUCUUUGCGCUCGACUCGCUGCGCCAGCUUUCAAUGCGCUUCAUGGAGAUUGAGGAGCUGGCAGGCUUCAAAUUCCAGAAGGACUUCCUUAAGCCGUUUGAGCACGUCAUGUCCAACUCGGCCAACGUCACGGUCAAGGACAUGAUCCUCCGCUGCCUCAUCCAGAUGAUCCAGGCCAGGGGCGAAAACAUCCGGUCCGGCUGGAGGACCAUGUUCGGCGUUUUUACGGUUGCGGCGAGAGAACCUUACGAGAGCAUCGUCAAUUUGGCGUACGAGAACGUCACCCAGGUGUACAAGACACGGUUUGGCGUCGUCAUUUCGCAGGGCGCCUUUACCGACCUCAUUGUCUGUCUCACCGAGUUCUCCAAGAACAUGCGGUUCCAAAAGAAGAGCCUGCAGGCCAUGGAAACGCUCAAGUCUGUCAUCCCCACUAUGCUUAAGACCCCGGAGUGUCCACUCUCAAAGUCCGCUGGGAAGCAGGCCGAGCCGCGACCCGGGUCCCCCGUCCGACAGACACGCACAUCGGUGGAGGAAGGCUUUUGGUUCCCGGUGCUGUUUGCGUUCCAUGAUGUCCUCAUGACGGGGGAGGAUCUCGAAGUGCGCUCCAACGCGCUCAACUACUUUUUUGAGGCUCUCCUGCGGUACGGAGGCGGUUUUCCGUCCGAAUUCUGGGAUAUUCUGUGGAGGCAGCAGCUGUAUCCCAUCUUCAUGGUGCUCCGCUCGAGGCCAGAGAUGACCAACGCGCUCAACCACGAGGAGCUUUCGGUUUGGCUGUCCACCACCAUGAUCCAGGCGCUACGCAACAUGAUUACGCUCUUUACGCACUACUUUGACGCCCUCGAGUACAUGCUUGACAGGUUCCUCGAGCUUCUCGCCUUGUGCAUCUGCCAGGAAAACGACACGAUUGCCCGGAUAGGCAACAACUGCCUGCAGCAGCUCAUCCUGCAGAACGUUACAAAGUUCACGCCCGAGCACUGGGCCAAGAUUGUGGGCGCGUUCUGUGAGCUUUUCGAGAGGACCACGGCGUACCAGCUGUUUUCCGCCACGACCAUCAACUCGACCGCCUCGCUUUCCCCGCCACCCAACGGUUUGGAGCUUGGCGCCGCUCUCAGCCCGACCUCCGAGACCCCACCAGUCGACGAGAAGUCGCUCAAGAUCAACGGCACAGAUGCUAACGGGCACACGCCAGCAACUGAGUCGCCACGGCCUCAGGCCAACGGCAGCGAUGCCGAAAGUCCCAGGGUGCCCGCCAGCGCCAAUCCCCCGGCGAUGGCAGCAACGCCGCAAUCGCAAGCCACACCGCAGCUGGAGGAGUUUAAGCCCAGCAACCCGCUGCAGCAACAACCCGUUGUCGUCACAGCCGCCCGGCGGCGCUUCUUCAACCGCAUCAUCAGCCGGUGCGUGCUGCAGCUGCUCAUGAUCGAGACAGUCAACGAACUCUUUAGCAACGACGCCGUCUACGCGCAAAUCCCAUCCUCAGAACUCCUCCGGCUAAUGGCGCUCCUCAAAAAAUCCUUCCUCUUCGCCAAGCGCUUCAACGCCGACAAGGACCUUCGCAUGCGCCUGUGGCGCGAAGGGUUCAUGAAGCAGCCACCCAAUCUACUCAAACAAGAAUCCGGCAGCGCCGCCACGUACGUGGCCAUCCUCUUCCGCAUGUUCGGCGACACGUCGCCCGAGCGCCAGGGCAGCAAGGCCGACGUCGAGAGCGCGCUCGUCCCGCUGUGCCAGGAUAUCAUACGGGGAUAUAUCGCGCUCGACGAAGAGAGCCAACACAGGAACAUGGUCGCCUGGCGGCCUGUUGUGGUUGAUGUCCUGGAGGGGUAUGCUGCGUUCCACAGGGAGGCAUUUGCCGCGCACAUUCCGACGUUUUACCCGCUGGUCACGGAGCUGCUGGGUAAGGAUUUGGGUGUGGAGCUCAGGACGGCGCUGUUGCUGGUUCUGAGGCGGGUUGGGGAGGUCGGGCUUGGCAUCGAGAGCAUGGCCGGUGGGAGCAAUGGGAGGAGGGAGAGUAUGCUCUCCGCUGCGGAUCCUGGGGGCGCUGGGCCACGUCCGUCAAGAAGCAUGGAUAGCUUGAGUGGGGAUCCUUCGAGCCGGGUCAUGGGCAAGGCUUAG